UAGUCGAAACCGUCUAUGCAGGAAUUCGUGCUGCAGGAGUAGCCAGCCGCUCUCUGUCGCAAACACGAAAACUACACCUGCUGUGUUGUUACGAGUUCGCCGGUAAAAAGCGUCGCGUCUGCGUUGACAUUUGACGUUUGUGGCAGUGUGAUGGUGUUUUGUUUGUGCACGGGCACGUUGUGACAGCGACAUGACCGUGUUGAAUUUGGCCUUGGGUCCUCUGCGGAGACGCAACGGCUUCCUGAUUCUGGCCUUCGUGGUGUUCGUGCCGUUCUGCUUUUUCGUGGUCUUCAGCGUGCCAGACGUGAGCUCGGAGCAGCUGCUGGGACAGCGUCUCGCCGAGCUUCAGGUGAAGCUGCAGUACCUCGACUCCAUGUACCGGAUGCGACAGGAAGACCUGCAGCAGCUUACCCAGCACAUCGAUCAAAUAUCGGUGCCCGGAGAGAACGCGACAGGAAACGGGAACGCGUACGGGCUUCCGGUGCAAGAGUUGAGGCCCGAGGUCAAGCAGUUAAUCAAGAACAUGUCAGGAAUGCACGCUGCCACUGGUCUAAACCCCCCCAUAAUGCUGCGACUUCCAUCGGCCUACCAUUUUCUCCCGCAUCUUCUAGACGACCCUUCGAGUCUUAGGUUGGCAUACCUGAUGUCGAAAAACCGUAACGGCGUUUCCGUGGUGAUGGGGGUACCAACUGUGCGGCGAGAAAAGCAAAGCUACUUGAUGGACACGCUUCAAAAUUUGGUGGACGGAAUGACCCCUGAAGAGGCGAACGAUUCCUUAAUUGUGGUUUUUGUCGCUGAGACCGAGGUCGAGUACGUUUUGCAAGUUGCCAAGGAGAUCGAAAUGAGAUUUCCUCAGCAAGUGGACGCUGGACUGCUAGAAGUUGUAUCGCCAUCCCCGGCCUACUAUCCAAAUUUGGACAAGCUCCGAAUUACCUUAGGGGAUUCCCCAGAGAGGGUGCGCUGGCGAUCAAAACAGAACUUGGAUUUUGCCUUUCUCAUGUCUUACUGUCAGCCAAAAGGAACGUUCUACGUACAACUGGAAGAUGAUAUCCUGGCCAAACCGUCUUACAUUAGCGAAAUGAAAAAGUUCGCGCUGGAGAAAAUAGCCACUAAAGAAUCCUGGUUUGUGUUGGACUUUUGCCAACUCGGCUUUAUUGGAAAACUCUUCAAAAGUGCCGAAUUACCAUGGUUAGUCAACUUUUUUCAAAUGUUCUACAACGACAAACCAGUGGACUGGCUUCUCGACCAUUUGAUAUCAACAAAAGCUUGCAACUGGGACAAAGGAAACGACUAUUGCAAAAGGGACAAGGCAAAGGUGUGGCUCCACUACAAGCCUUCUUUGUUUCAGCACAUCGGCACACAUUCCUCCCUUAAAGGAAAGGUUCAAAAGCUUAAGGACAAGCAAUUCGGCAAAGUUGCCCUUUUCUUUCCGCACAGCAACCCGGAAGCGGAAGUCGUAUCCGGCAUAAAGCACUACAAGCAGUACACCUUGGAGCGGGCCUACCUGGGCGAGACGUUCUUCUGGGGCUUGUUACCGCAGCCCGGCGACCAGCUUACUUUCAAAUUCACCAAUCCCAUCACUGUCAAGCGGUUUCAUUUCAAGAGCGGCAAUGCAGAACAUCCAUCGGACAAGUUCUACAACGCUACAGUCGAAGUGCUACCGAUUGAUACAACUUUGUAUAACAGCAACGGAAAUUCGCUGAAUUUCACCACUGACGGCUACAUUGUAGUAGGGAAGUUUGAUGGCGCAGGGGUGGCCAGUGGAGUGCCAGACGACACCAUAGGCAAAGUGCAUUCCCUUAGACUGCACGUGCACAGUGAGAGUGACAACUGGGCCAUCCUUAGCGAAAUUCACAUCCAGGACGAACUGGCCAGGAGGUGACCGCCGCCGCAUUUGAUGAUGGACGGCGGUGCGUCGUUCUACAGCGCCGCGACGCACGUGCGUCAUCGUUACGCGCCUGAGCGCUCGUCAGCGAAUACACUGUGAUACACGGAUCUUGUCCUGCUCAAGCUCCUGCUGCUCCUGUUGUCGAGUCUUGCACCCUGCUGAUGCUCCUGCUGACGUGCUGAUCGACAAGCAGGUGGUUGGUUGGGUAAGGGUUUAAGUUGAAGUAACUGGGAUUGUCAAUGCUUGAAUGGGAACAUUAAAUUUUUUCUGACCUAUACUUUUUAUGGUUUUAUUCAAGGCGUUUUGUAAUAUUAAACAUUUCUGUGAAAUCGGAAUUUCAAUUGAGUUUACCGUUUUCGAGAUAUUUACAAAAAAUAUAAAUUUUUAUGACGUCACAAACCUCGCCAUGUGACCAACAUUCUAAGAUUUCUAUUGGUUGAAAAUUACCCUGUUGUCAAGUUGUCUUGUUAACGAUUUCAUUCGGUUAUGUCGGAAAAUACCCGAGGAGGUUAUGUACAAAUACUGUCACUGUCAGUUGAGUGAAAGAUGGUCACCAAAUUCAUUAAGUACCUAUCUUCCUUAUUACGAGGUAUCAUAUUACUGUUUGACAUUUUAGAGUCCAAGAUAUAUCUAAAAGAAUAUAAAGAACUAGGCAUUAUACUAAUGAAAUGCAUUUACGACAAAAUAUGAUUAUAAUUAUAGUUACUUACUUUAUUUGUUUAAAAGCUCCAAUGUUCAAUAUAACCAACCAUUCCACAAAAUUCCUCUGCUUUGGAGUCCGUUAUUAAUAAAUCACUUAUCUAAUAUCAAUUACAAAUAACAUUGAUUUUCAAUAAUCUAAAUUUAAAAAAAACAUAACCCGAAAAAAAACGUAAAAAAAUCAAUUCUUCUUCUUCUUCUCAACUAAAAUUAUAGAUCAAGUGGUUUUAAAACUAAAAUAUUAUAACGUGGCGCCAUCUAUCGUAAAAAUCUUAAACUAAACACACUGGCAACCAUAGAAAAAGCUGGCAACGUUGUCAAUAGCCUAGUGACGUAAUUAGGAGAUUUUUUUUUGUAAAUAUGUCGAAAACGGUAAACUCAAUUGAAAUUCCGAUUUCACAGAAAUGUUUAAAAUUACAAAACGCCUUGAAUAAAACCAUAAAAAGUACAGGUCAGAAAAAAUUUAACCACCCCAUUAUUUUACUCCGUAUACCAGCGAAAAAAAUUGGAAACUUGACGUAGAGAUAUGAGAGUAACGGGUACGUUGAAUUGGCAUUGUUAUAACGUUGUAUGGAAUUUCCAUUUUGGAAAAGACAGUUAACGAAUAAAUGUUGCUUGGACUGACACAGCGGCGUUAUUGUAUUUAGUCAACAAAACGCAGUAUGGUUGGGGUAUUUAUUUCUCUUUUUGUUUUGUAUAUAAUUUAUGAUAUGUUUGUUAUAAAUUGUAUUGUGAAUUUUUAAAAGUAUUGUUUGAAGUUUUGCUUUUAUUAUUAAAAAAAUAUUUAUUUUAAUCAAUA